UGUCCCGCGGGGGCGGGGCUAUCCGCAGGCACAUUAACAAAUUGCCAGGAGGAAACAAACAUGCCAUUUUCAUUUUGAUUUCGCUGUAAGGAGACAAACAGACACGAGCCAACUUUUUUUUUUGUCAACAUGAAGGCCUUUUCUCCAGAGUCUCCUCGCCAAAGGACCGUGAGAAAGUUCUCAAAACCCCAGAUGGAGAAACGCAGACGGGAGCGGAUCAACCACAGUCUGGAGACAUUACGACUCAUGAUGCUGGAGAACACCAGCGAUGAGAGCCUGAAGAAUCCAAAGGUGGGGAAGGCAGAAAUUCUGGAGAGUGUUGUCCAAUUCCUGAAGACAACGAAAGAGGUGGACCGGGCUCACCGGGGCGCAAAAACGGACCUGUCCAGGGCGCAGAGCCCGACCUGUGCCAGCCAACACAACUACCGUGACGGCAUGAGGUCCUGCCUGCUGAGGGUCAGUCACUUCAUAGCCAGCAAGACCCAGGAGUUAAUGGAAACCGGUGGCGAUGUCACCCAGGCUUCUCCCCCGAGCCACCCCCCCUCCUCCCCCGGACACGUCCACAGGUCACGGAUACCCUGUCCUGCUGGUGACCCCUCUGCUGUGUCUCCUCAGCUCCAGUAUCACGGGAUCGCUCGCUCACACCUUACCCGGAUGAGCGGCCUCCACUGUGACACCAGGGAGCUGGUCUCCCCCACGGCAGCCUCCACGCACAUCACCGAUCUCGUGUGGAGGCCCUGGCCUCAGUGACACUUUGACACAGAUGUUUAUUUUGACAGGCUCGGUGUUGUUGAUGCCGACAGACUGUAAAUAUGUAUUUUAUUGUACAGGCUUGAUUCUUUUGUACAGUGAAGCUAUUUUUAAGUUAUCCACUUUCACGAGGCCUUUUUGCUUUAAGGUUCUCCUUAUUUCCACGCGCGCUGUAUUUACUUCUUCUUUUGGAGCUGAGCUGUAAAUAUGUGACGGUGUAGGCGGCAGUGUCCGCAGGUGGUUUUUUUAAUACAUGAGUACACAGGAAACGCGUGCGUAAAAAAAUCUGCUUCGAUUUUUGUAGCUUGAUCAGGUUUACGAUUUUAUUUUUUAUUUUUUCCUGUCCUUGCUUUGAGAUGUAUAUGUGAGACAUGAUUGUGCUUGCUGAAUUCUCUGUCCACGUUUACAAUAAAAGUACAAUUUCCUGAUCUUCCCGGA